AUGAGUCAACGCACCGCAGCCCGGGCCGGCGAUGUUCCGGCUUUGCCCGCAACUCCUCCUGUUCCCAUCGAGAAAAUACCACCCAUCGCUCUUGAUUGCAUUUCCGAUCCGCCAACAUGGGUAAAGUUCACAAGUGCUUCGUGGAGAGUCUCGUGCGACCGUGCGAAUCUGCCUGCCAGUCUGAACGACCGACGACCGACCGACCGACCGACCUCGAAACAUUUGCCAUGCGCGCAAUCCGGCUUCUCUGCAACAUACGGAACUGAUACCGUCUCGAUAACCUUGGAUUUGAUGGGAAGUUUGGCUCGUGCCGGUAAGGUCAAGGCCGCCACCCCCAAGGUCGACAAGCAAGAGAAGCCCAAGCAACCCAAGGGCCGUGCUCGCAAGCGCAUGAUCUACACCCGCCGAUUCGUCAACGUCACUCUCACCGGCGGCAAGCGCAAGAUGAACCCCAACCCCGGCACGUAA